UUCUUUACACAUGUUACAUAGAUAAUGAUCACCGAUGUUCGAACAGGUCCAAAUCAAACACAUCAAGUACAACCAGAUGUACGCGCAUCACGAGUAAAAGCACUUCGAAUACUGGGUGGACUACAGAUCGGUCUAGGUCUUGUAUAUGGUAUCCUUUGUAUUGUUGGAGCUAUUCUAUGCCGCACCGACUUGGACAGUGGUUGCAAAUAUUAUAACUACUACAGCAGAUACGGUGGUCAUUUGUCUGGAUCUACAUAUUAUCGUUGUGGACAUUCAAACACUAUCCUUAUAAUGAAUCUAAUUGGCAUGGCAUUAUCAGGUUGGUUUAUACUGACAGGUUGUGUACCAUUAUGCAUGACAGAUCAACGUCAAUCAAGCUGGAGAUGCUUAACCAUAGCGUUUCUGGUUUGUAAUAUAAUAUCAACAGUUGUGUUUUCAUCCACUGUGUUUAGUUUAGCAGUUAUCGGAGCCCUUAUUGUUGCUUUUUCUACAAACACCGGAAGUGUCAUUACAGUGUCUGUCUUCCUAGCUGUAUUUUCUUUCAUCGAAUUCAUCAUAUCUAUUGUUGCUGCAUCACACUGCUGCUGUUGUUCACAGCUCAAUACGGGAAAUCAACAAGAAGUUAUAUUUAUGAACAUAGCACAAUCUGGAAUGAGUUAUAACAUGCCAAACACUCCAAUACCUACAGGGAACCAGCAAGGAUACCAUCAAAUGUGGAUGCCCCAAAUGCAAGGAUUCUAUGGUCAACGGCCGGCAAAUAUGCCAAAUUACCAACAACAAGCAGGUCAUUCACAUGGAAAUCAGAUGCCAGUACAAGGAUACUAUGGACAGUAACCAGUAACAAAACAUAAAUGCACAGCAGUUUGUACACCCAACUGCACCUGCUGUAGAUAAAAAUCAACCAUUUCCUGUUACCGACAAUUCUAUAAGAAGUGAAAUGUAAUUAUUCGUCCAGUUUAGACUAACUCAAACAUAUCAACCGUCCUGCCAACAGAAAUGAAAUUGUAUGACAGUUAGUUGUAAGAAAUAGUCAAUGAGUGAGAAAAUCGGCUUUUUUAAAUAUUUCUUUUCUAGUUUUCAUUCACGUAAAAGUAAAAUUAAAUUGUACAUAAAAAAUUAUCUUUAAGUCAAAUAAAGUAGUCUUGUUAUCGA